UGAUUUUCUCACCAUCUUUCUACCAAGAAGCAGAAAUUCUUAUCAGCACCGCAAUCAAUCAAUACAGCUGUUCUGUAAUUAGAGAAAUCGUAGUUUUAGAAGAGUUUUCAGCGGUGUUUUUAACAUAAUUAAACAAAAUAAAAUAAAUGGAAGUAAAUCCGAUUGCAUUGUUACUUGUCUAUAUGGACAGCAAAGGCGAUCGACUGCUUUUUCGCUACCCGUAUGAACAUGUAUAUAAAGAAAAAACGCCGGUGCAUACCAUGUCCUUAGCGGCAUCUGCGCCAGUUCUAAAUAAUCCACCGUUGGUGGACAUAGUAAUGACCAGUUCAACGACAUCGCUAGUGUCACAAAUUUCCACGGAAACCACCAAGAAACGAAAUCCAUAUGCUAUCAGCAGCAGUGACGAGCUUUUACAAACAACGCCACCACCAAAUGCACAACCUGUCAACGUAUUCGGUGCAUGUACUAGUUUUUGCAAUGCAGUACCUAAAGGCCAACUGGAAGGUUUUACGGAUGAAGUACUCUCCACUUUAUUUGCAGUGAAACAACAAUUGUGUAAUCAAAAACUGGAACUGAAAGUCAAUGAUGUACGUUUUGUGUCGCAUCCCACAUUGAUACCACGAAAUGAGCUACGUACCAGCAUCGGCAACACAAGUAACACUUCGAAUACCUCGAAUAACUUCUUAUCACUUGUUACAGCAACGAGCAAUACAGCUGUUCCUGGCGCACAACCAAAUGUUGCACCAACAAAGCCCCAACCACAACAAAUGCUUAUAAAUAUUGUCUUCGCUUUGCAUGCACAAGCGAGUUAUUCCAUAGUAAAAUGUUACUACGAGCUAAGUAAGCGUCUUGGUUUGGCUUUACGUGUUGAAGAACAACGUGUCGGUUACUGCACCGAGGAAACUAUGCUUAUGGCGCGUACACACGAUGAGCUCUCAUCGCAACAGCAGCCCUUGGAGCGCACUUUUGACGCCAUAACUGAACGCAGCACAUUGGCACAAGCGCUGAAAUCAAUCUAUCACGAUCUAUGCACUACUGGUUUACUGAAUACUACAUUAAAUCAAUAUUUAACUGUAAGUUUUUGUCUGCCACAAAAGGCGCAUCAGUUGCAUAAAAAGGGCAGCAUGGUUGAGCCUGAGGUAAUAGAUCGUUGUUUACGUGCAUUGAAACCCUACCAUGGUAUGUUGCUUGUGGACUAUGCCGAACUGUUGGACUGUGUGCCACCACGUGCAGCACGUAUGCUAUUACAGUUGGUCGAGAUCUAUACACCCUUAAUGAGUUUGCAAAUGCUCGCCUCCGAGGCGGAUAUGAGUAUUGAACAUGUCUACAAAAUGGUCUCACAUCUAGUUUAUUGGGGGAAGGCUACCAUUAUAUAUCCGUUAUGUGAAACAAAUGUCUAUGUGAUAGCACCCGAUGCACCGCUGCAUACCAAAUCUCAUUUGGUAGAGAAAUUUUCAGCGCGUUUUGCUGGUAUGUCACUUUUUGACGCUAUCUCACACUUUUCCCUACCCACCUCCAUUGGUCAUCUCACCACACCAUUGCAACAGUCUGCACGUCAAGGUAUGUUGGCUCAGAUGGUUGUCUGGAUGUUGCAACAUCAUUUGCUCAUGCAAUUACAUACAUAUGUACAAUUCAUGCCCAGCGAUUCGGAUGAUUUCUAUGGUGGUGUUAGUAGUAUGAAUGUUGCGGGCAGCAGUAGUAGUGAUGGUGGCAAUGAGCAUUUACAUGGGGGUACAAAUACAAUAAGUUCCAUGGGCGUGGGUGUUGCGGGUGAAUUGAUGAUAUCCACAUUAAGUCAUAGCAUAAAUGCAAGCGAUGAUGAUCUCAAUGCGGGCUCUUUACUAUCCUGUGCAAGUCAACCAUUGCCAGUGCCGCAUACAAGCCGUUCGGAGGAUCGUUAUUCAGGCGGCUGUUCAACUGGUUCGGAAAAUAUUGCAGUACAGCCUUCAUCCAGUCACAAAUCAAACUAUAGCAUGACUGCUUCGAUAAGCACCGAAAACUGCGACAGCAUCGCCUCCAUUGAGGACGAGGAAAGAAUAAAAGAGCUACUAUCCGUAUUUAACGAAACCGAUCGCGCCGCUAUAAGGCGUAUACCAGCUUCUUCGAAUGUCGAUGAUCUUUCGCUGCUCGUCAAACUUUAUCAAGCUGGUUAUUUUAAGAGUGAACAUCACUUGGAGGAGAUAAUGUAUUUUCAAAGUUUACGACCAGCUGAAUUGUUACAACUAUUGGAUAAAUUUCGUGAUGUUUUGAUAAUUUAUGAGACUGAAGAUCCAGCAAUUGCAUCCAUGUACAAUAAUAAGUGAACGAUGGUGAGGAAGUAGUGUAAAAAGUGCUGGAAUAUGGAGUGUGAAAAUAUACAAAAGAGAGCUAAGGGCUGAGCGGAGCAUAAGCCAAACAAAUAUGGCACGAAGCUAUAAAACUAAGCUCUCUAAUCUAAUCUAAAGUUGCCUCAAGUUGGUGCACAUAUGUGUAUACUAACGCCACUUUUUGCAGAAAACCGUGCAAUUCAUAUACAUACAUACAUAUUUGAAUUUAUUUUCAUUUACAAUGAAUCUUUGUAAAUUUAA